GGUGACUUUAGGUGGUGACACAGAUUUGCACUAGUCACAGACAAAUACUUUAACGCUAAACACAAUGGAACCGUUCGCUAAAGAGGAUAUCACGAUGUAUUUUUAUGAGAACAGACUUAAAACUUUCGAGGGGUGGCCAUUCGACGAGGACUGCAUGUGCACCCCGGAGAACAUGGCCAAAGCUGGCUUCAUUCACACCCCUUCAGAGAACAGCCCGGACAUCGCCAUGUGUUUCUUCUGCCUCAAAGAGCUGGAGGGCUGGGAGCCGGAGGACGAUCCAGAAAAGGAGCACAAAUCUCAUUCAUCAUCCUGCCACUUCAUUAGCCUGAAGAAGAAAGUAGAGGAGCUGACUGUGGAGGAAUUCUUCAAACUCCAGAAGGAGAGGCACAAGUCCAUCAUUAACAAAUCCUGUAACGAUGCCGUCACCAAGUUUGAAGAGGCAGCCAAACUGAGAAGAGCAGAUAUCAUCAAGACAGCAAUGGGGGAAGAGUGACGCUGAAUGUCUGCAGAUGAAUCAAAUGGGGGGCGUGUGAGAGAUUAAUUGUAGUUGGCAAGUGACUGACUGGUUCCUCACUGAACUCCUUUCCAUGUUUCCUUCAUAUUCUUUCAUGUCGUCUUUGCAAUAUAUCUGUCAUUUUUUAAUGUUGUCUGUUUUCAUGUGGUCGGUUUUAACUCAUUAAACU